AUGGCAUUUCCCAUUCACAGACCAGAUGUUUUUCGUUGGAAAAAAAGUACAAAGACUAAAACAGCAGGCAACCGUAAGGUGCAGCUGAAUGAGAAUGACAUAAAACAUUGGGUAAAGAGGGUGGAGAUGGCUUCAGAGUUUGCUGUAGCUGAGGUGUUUUCCACGAAGAAACCGCAUAGUGAUAAACACAGUAUGGCGCUGCAGAGCAUAGAGCAGCUACAGGAUCAUGAUGAUGCGUACAGUGAAGCUCAGUCCAUUCUAAGCGAGUGGAUGAACCAGAAGUUACGCCUGGAGCUUGAAAUGGAUGAUGAUGAGGAUGAAGAGGAAAUGGAUUCCAGAAAAAUUGACAAUUCAGAAUCCACACAAUUUGUUAAGAUUACACAACCCAGCUAUAAUAACUUUGAUGACAUGUACUCUCAUCUAGUGAAGGAAGAAGAUAAAUCUGUAGUGCACAAUUUCCUCCAGGACCUGAUGAAAACAGAGGUGUUAGACUUGGGGAUAUUGGAGGACCUCAAAGUGGACUCAGACAAAAAUAGGAAGAAAUGGAGGGACCCCAGUAUUACCAUGGAGAUGCGUCAUAAGCAGGUAAAGGAGAACCGCUCAUGUAGAGAUGUGGAGGGCGACAAAAUGCGCAAAGAGAAGGAAGUGCUAAGGAAGGCGCGAGAGGAGGCGUGGCGACUGGAACUAGAGAAGCAGCGAAAGAAGAGACAGGAGGCUCAUAGGCAUGAAGAGAUGAUACAGCUGGAGAUGAUUCGCUUGCGCAAAGAGAUGGAGGAGAAGAGGAAUGUGGAGCAGCUUGCACGAAACAUGGAAAGGGACCGGCUUCAGAAACACUACUCUGUCAUUCCAAAACCUCAUAAUUCCAUCACACUGAAGAAACAGGACAAAGACCUUCAACUCAGGCUGAAGAAGCUGGAAGCCAAAGUUCAUCUUCACAAUUUGCAGUGCAUGCACAGCCAUUUUUCCGGCUGGUACUCAGUGAUAUUGGAGAGAAGGGUACGCAUGGGCAAAGCAGCGGCACUGUGUGAUUGGAGGAGGCAGCUGAGUGCGUGGCGGGCAUGGCGGGCUCUGGUAUGGACCAGGAGAGAGGAGAGAGAAGCUGAGAAAAUUGAAAAGGAGCUGAGACAGGAACACAGACGCUGUCAGCAGGCAGUGGAGAGUGACCGCAGGAGGCUUUUGAGGCGUUGCCUUAGUGAUUGGCGUGUGUGGUGCCGGAUGGAACGCGAACGCAAGGAGCUUCUCAAACAACAAAAGGAAACCAGGCGUAAAAUGACGGCUCUAAUCAAUGCAGCAGCCUCUGGGAAACUAGGGACAGAGAAUUCCACACCUCCACCAAUAACCAACCCACCUGAAACAGUCAUUCAUUCAGAAAACAUCAACCACCAGGACAUGCCAGCAAGUCUAGAAAUCUGUUCACUUGUAGAACCAGACACUUUGAAUGACAACACUGGCCACCGAUCAGAGGCCCCGCCCAUUCAGGCUUGGCAGGUGACACGUCGUCAUGCCGCUCUUUCAUCUGCUGAGCAUCGACAGGCCUGCCAAGGGCUACAACAACUCACCACCACCACCCGAAUUCGAAGUGCAGAUCUGAAUGGUGGACAAUUCAAACACCGUCAUGCGGCCCUGCAGCAAACAAUAGCUGAGCAGAGGCGUCUUCUCAAAGAGCAACAGGAACAGAUUUCGCAUCUGCAAGAGAGACAGAACAUGCUGGAGCUGAAACACGAGGUGGAGAAAACAACACUGUUAGCAGCAGGGCCUCCUGGAGCUGUACGCACACAUUGCAUACCCAUAGCAAACACUGAGUCAGGCAGAGGAAGAGGAUGUGCAGAAAAAUCAAGACCAAAAAGUGCCUCGAGGGAAAAUGCCACCAGCAACACCACCCACAAAGCAGCUUCGGGUCCCGCAGCACUCCGCCAUCAGACGGUACAAGCCAUGGAGGAAAGAGCACGGCAGCGUGCCGAGCGCAGGAGAGAGAUGGAGUUGCUGAGGAGACAGAGGCAAGAGGAGAAACUGGCUCAAAUGAAGGCAGCAGAGGAGGAAAGACUCAGGGUGGAGGAAGAGGAGAAACAAAAGGAGGCAGAGCGAAAGAAGGAGGAGAAGAGGCAACAGAGGAAAAGAGAGCUUGAGAAGCAGAAGAGAGCAGAGAAGGAAAAGGAACUGAUGGAGCUGGCGGCCCAGCACUACCUCAGAACCCUGGUACUACACAAAGGCCUGGCGCCAUGGAAACAUCUACUGGAGCAAAUCCGUGUCAACACACAGAGAGCAGUGGAUCAUUACACACUGGCACUUCAGAGAAGCUGCUUCUGCUCUUGGCUCCAGGUUGUGAAUGAAGCCCACGCAAAGAGAGAAGCCACCGCCAACCAGCUGUAUCAGCGGAUCUUGCUUCAGAGGGCUUUGUGUAGCUGGAAAAGGAUAAAAGAUAUGCGCUUUAUACUGGAGGAACAAGCCGAACGGUUCUACAGAAAUCGGAUCCAGAAGAAGGUGUUCUUAGUAUUGCUGGAUCAUGCCACAGAGGAGCGACUGACAGCCUGGGACAACAAGCAACGGGCAGAGGAACACAACGGCAGGAGAGCAGUCAAAAAGUGUUUUGCGGGAUGGAGGCUUCUUCCAGUUUUCUUACGUGAAGAAAAGGAAAGAGAGGCACGUAGAGAGCAGCUCAGACGGAAAGUGGCAGAGAUACUACCCGACUUCCGCAGCUCCCCUGUUGACUCCACGUGGAGCUCAAUAAAUCCUCUUUAACCAUCACACACUGUCUGCAACUAUCAAGCUUUACAUACAAGACAUUGAAAACAGACGUGCAAUUUGAUGAGCUUCCAUGUUUAAUCUUUCUAUGCUUGUUUAUUUUUCAUGAUACAGUUUAAUUGCACAACAUAAUGGGUGAAGUGCAGUACCAUGAAGAAUCGGCUCACAAAGCAGCGCAUGAUGGAAACAAAAAAAACAUCUGGAUUUUGGAGUGCCUUGGUAUUUUAUUUCGUGAAUGAUUCUGUAAAAAAGAAGGCAUUAAAUGAAAUUAAACCCACUUUGAUUCAAAGAUAUACAACUUGUUCUUGCACAUUGAAACAUGGCAGGAUGUUAAGCAGCACAAAUUCGUCCCCAGUUAAAGAACAAGAAAAAAGCACACCCACAGAUACAGACCUCAAGCAACAAACAUUAUGCUUAUUAAGCUGAGAUGAGAGUUGUAAAGCUGUGUUGUCUGGAUAUACAGUAGAUUAUCUCUCAUAACUUCUGAUGUCUCAAAGGCACUAAAUAAGGCUUGAUAAUGAAUGUGCAUUCACAUACGGUAACUAUAAGAGAACAUUUUGGAGUUGAGAGAACAAAUAUUAGACAAAAGUGCAAUCCAAAAUUGAUCCAACGAGCAGUAAAUACAAACAAGAAAAAAGUUUCUUAAAGCAAGAGUGUGUAAUUUUUUCAAAGUUUAAAUACUUUCUACUAUCCCCUUUUAACUAUAAGAAAGCCGUUUGUAUGUUGUAAACAAUGUGGAGCGAUCAAGACAUUGCUCUGUUUGUUUGAGCAUCUCAACCAGCCAGACAAAGCAGCACUGGCUCAACCAAUGGCAUGAGUUUGGGAAGGAACUAUCUGUUUGGCUAUCCA